AAUGAAUCUAAAUGAUAGAAAUGAAGGAAAUUUAUUGGGUAUAUUAGAGGGAUAUGAUUUUUAGGUAUGUUUUUUCAAAAGUAUAUCAGAAAAUAUACAUUUAUUAUUAUAAAAACAAAGUUAAUUAUUUCAGGAUGAUGGAAUGGAACAGCUAUAAUUUGGUAUUUAGAUAUUAUUAGAAGCAACUCUAUAGGUGAAGCGGAAAUAAGUAUGAAAUAUAGAGUAGCAGUAUAUGGAGAUAAGAAUUUAAAUU